AUGCCGAAGCCGAUGAAAAUCGAGGACGGAAUCCCCGACUACGACGACCAACAAGACAUCGAGCUAUUAUUCCAGCACAUGCAGCAGGAGCACUGGUGCGUCUGGGAGUGCCGCUUCGACGCGUGCUCGACGAGGCAGCCGCUACCGCCGACCUUUUCCUCACGCGCCAGCUUCGAGGAGCACCUCCGUGUCGCCCACCCCGUAGUCGCGCGGAUCUUUCACCAAAAGCCCGAGCGUGUGGAUCGCCAUAGCCUUGUCGAUCUGGACAAGGUCGUCGGCGCGUGCCCGGCCUGCGGCAGCGGACACACGGUCACCAGCGAGCUCGACUACGCGCGCCACGUCGGCGACCACCUCGAGUACAUCGCCUUCACGGGCGUGUUCAACUACCAGUACGAGUUUCGCGAGAAGCCGACGGAGUUGUUUUGUGAGAAGCCGGUGAAGAUGGAGAGCAAGGAUGUCAGCUGGAUAUCCAUAUUUCGAGGGUUGUGUAGAGACGAGGACGAGUCUCGCGAGGAGCCGGUGAAUGCGGAGGAGGAGGAGGAGAAGCCGGUGAAGGUAAAGGUGGAGGAUGAGUAG